AUGGCCACUCUCUCCUCUCUCUUUCACCGCGCACUGUUGGCUGCGUCCAAAGCUACAGACUUACCAACGAUUGAGGAUGCAACACAAGAACUUGUUGACUCUGCUCUGAAAGACUUGAAGGAUGUGCGCACACGGGUUGCAGAACUUGCUCUUUUCAGCGCGAACGAAACACUAGAAGACAUAUCGACUCGAAAUCUUGUGUAUCUCCUGGUUCCGUUUACUGUCGCAGAAUUAGAAGGGCGCUCGAGGGCCUCUGAACGAGAUGUUCGGUUCAAGAAACUACUUGAUGCUGAGCGUGACUAUAGGCUCUUCUUGUCUGAUCUCGAGCUUUACGAGGUAAUACCAGAGGACGAACGUGAAUUGUACGCGAGACGGCCGUCCUCUGUAGCGGACGCAGCGAAACGGAGAGAGACCAAGAUCAAGCAGUACAAGCAGGAAAAGGAAAUACGGGCCAAAAUUGAGGCAAUUCGCAAACGCCGGAAUCUCCUACCCCCCUCCGACUCCUCGCCGACAGACUUUGACCUGAUCGCAUCCCUUCUUCCUUCGCCUUUGACGCCCGAUACAGACGAGGAUGACAAAGAUACAGACACCGACGAUAUUCUUCGUGAAGCAACGCUGCUCCUCCUGAGGCUCACCUAUGCACAAGCUCACUCCCAGCUCGAGAGUAUAAGCCUCGAGCUCGAGCUUCUACGGAAUGCCCCGCCUGAAUCUCCCCAAGAACCAGACGAUCAGAAAUCCAAGCCGGAGAAUGAGGUGGACUGGAAGCUCGACAGGCCCAGCGGACGUUUAGGUGCUGCAGGUGGCCCGAUCUUGGAUCCUCAGGGCAAGCCUCUUCGGCCGUUCACAAUUCUUCCCGCGGGAGCAGCCGACCGAGCUCGUCUGCAAAGCCAAGUCUUCCAGGCGGAUCAUCGAUUGCCUACCAUGACUAUCGACGAUUACCUCGAGGAGGAGCAACGGAGAGGCAAUAUUAUCACCGGUGGUGGCGCUGCAUCUGCAGCAAAGCCCACGACAUCGGAACAGCUGGCGCUUGACUCUGAACAGGAUGGGACUGCGUUUGGUCGAGACAAGGAAGAGGAGCAAAGGCAAAAGGAUGAGAACUGGGCGAGGUACACGGAUGAAAACCCUCGGGGUGCAGGAAAUACUAUGAACCGUGGAUAG